CAGGGCUAAAACCUCUAUCCUAUUUCCCUGCUCUGCUCUCUGUUUUCUUUCUUUGGGUUCUUUCUGUGCGUCAUAAUAUCGUUUUUCUUGGGUCUGUUUUCUCUAUUUUAUUCUUCCUACCAUUAUAUUUCUUUUCUUCUCAGCUCUCUCGUGCAGUAAUAGAAGGUUUUUCCUGAGAACCAAACAUGCCGGCUGUUGGUGGGAUACCCGCUGGUGGUAGCGGGAAAGCCUAUCCGGGAAACCUAACACUAUAUGUGACUGUAACAUGUAUUGUUGCAGCUAUGGGGGGUCUGAUUUUCGGCUAUGAUAUUGGGAUUUCCGGUGGGGUUACGUCGAUGGAUUCGUUCUUGUUGAAGUUUUUCCCGUCGGUGUACCGGAAAAAGCAUGAGAACGAGUCGACUAACCAGUACUGUCAGUACGACAGUCAGAAACUGACGAUGUUCACGUCGUCUCUGUAUCUGGCUGCUCUGUUGUCGUCGAUUGUGGCAUCCACGGUGACACGUCGAUUCGGUCGGAAGCUUUCGAUGCUUUUCGGCGGCGUGCUGUUCUGCUCCGGAGCUGUCAUCAAUGCCGCUGCCAAAGAUGUCGCCAUGUUGAUUGUCGGCCGAAUGUUACUUGGUUUCGGUAUUGGGUUCACCAAUCAGUCUGUGCCACUUUACCUCUCUGAGAUGGCUCCUUACAAGUACAGAGGUGCCUUAAACAUUGGUUUCCAAUUAUCAAUCACAAUUGGUAUCCUUGUAGCCAAUGUGUUGAACUACUUCUUUGCCAAGAUCGAAGGAGGAUGGGGCUGGCGGUUGAGUUUGGGAGGAGCUAUGGUCCCUGCCCUUAUAAUCGCAAUCGGUUCAUUGGUCCUCCCUGACACCCCAAACUCGUUGAUUGAGCGUGGCCAAAACGAUGAAGCCAGAGCCAAACUUCAGAGGAUCCGUGGCCUCGAUGACGUUCAAGAGGAAUUAGAUGAUCUUGUCAAAGCUAGUGAUGCCUCAAGGCAAGUGGAACACCCUUGGAGAAACCUGUUGCAGAGGAAGUACAGACCCCAGCUCUGUAUGGCAAUCCUAAUUCCCUUCUUCCAGCAGCUCACCGGUAUCAAUGUGAUCAUGUUCUACGCGCCUGUUUUGUUCGACACCAUCGGGUUCAAGUCCGAUGCUGCACUCAUGUCCGCUGUCAUCACUGGUUUGGUCAAUGUUGGUGCAACGGUUGUGUCAAUCUAUGGUGUGGAUAAGUGGGGUAGGAGAUUUCUUUUCCUUGAGGGUGGAGUUCAAAUGUUGAUAUGUCAGAUUGUUGUCACAGCAGCAAUUGGAGCCAAAUUUGGGGUAGAUGGGACCCCAGGAGAGCUGCCAAAAUGGUAUGCCAUUGUGGUGGUGCUGUUCAUUUGCAUAUACGUUUCAGGGUUCGCAUGGUCAUGGGGUCCUCUAGGUUGGUUGGUUCCCAGUGAAAUUUUCCCAUUGGAAAUCCGUUCUGCAGCUCAGAGUAUCAAUGUUUCUGUGAACAUGAUCUUCACAUUCGCUGUUGCUCAAGUUUUCUUAACAAUGCUUUGCCAUUUGAAGUUUGGUUUGUUCCUUUUCUUCGCCUUCUUUGUGCUCGUGAUGACCAUCUUUAUCUACUUCUUCUUGCCUGAGACCAAGAAUAUCCCAAUUGAAGAGAUGGGCCGGGUAUGGAAGUCGCAUUGGUACUGGUCCAGGUUCGUCGAAGAAGAAGAUUACCCCAUUGGAGGUUUGGAGAUGGGCAAGGGAGGUCGUGAAGUUAAGGAGGUGUAACUGGGAGCUAAAUGGGGUUUCUAAUAUAUGCUUCGGUUUUUUUUUCUUAUUUCUUUUUUCUUUAGCUUUCUAUUUUUUUUUUUUUUUAAUAGCCAGUACAUACUAUUGAUUUCAAUAUCCAUUGUGUCACAUAUAAAAAAUUGGUUCCAGCACAAAGUAGCACAAAGUGCCCCGAGGCUUGUUAAGGAUGAGAAAGGGAUUGUUUCAAUGAACAGCCUAUUAAAUUAAAAUAUUAAGACUAAAUUCUAUUGCA